AUGGGUGCUCUUAAAUAUGUUGAAGAGCUUCAGCGCAAGAAGCAAUCCGAUGUGAUGCGCUUCUUGUUGCGCGUCCGAUGCUGGGAGCUCCGUCAACUCAAUGUGAUCCAUCGUGCUUCCCGUCCUUCUCGUCCCGACAAGGCUCGCCGUCUCGGAUACAAAGCCAAGCAGGGCUACGUUAUUUACCGUGUGCGUGUGAGACGUGGUGGACGCAAGCGACCAGUUCCCAAGGGCGCUACCUAUGGAAAACCCACCAAUCACGGUGUCAACCAGCUCAAGUACCAGCGAUCCCUCAAGUCUACCGCUGAAGAACGUGUUGGCAAGCGCUGCGGUAACCUCCGUGUCCUCAAUUCCUACUGGAUCAACCAGGAUUCUACCUACAAGUACUAUGAAGUUAUCCUCAUCGAUCCUCAACACAAGGCUAUCCGCCGUGAUCCUCGCAUCAACUGGAUCGUCAAGCCAGUGCACAAGCACCGCGAAUGCCGUGGUCUCACUGCAACUGGCAAGAAAUCCCGUGGUCUCAACAAGGGACAUCGCUACAACAAGACCACCGCCGGCAGACGGAAGACCUGGAAGCGACACAACACCCUCAGCCUCUGGAGAUACAGAUAA